CCCCCUCCCCUCCCCCUCCGGAUCCGCAUUCAUUCAUUCAUUUUCGUCCUGGUCGCCGGUUCCUUCACUCUCGCUAACGCCGAUGAUAGUUGUCUUGUGAGAUUUGAGUUUACUGGAGUCAUGGAGAAUGACGUUAUUGAUGCGCUGCAAGAUGUUGGAUACGAAGGACCCAUUUUGGAAGAAGGAGGCUUGGAGAACGCGUUGGAGCUUUCUACUAAGUCAAACGAGUUUCGUAAAGUGGUAGUUUGGCUGGCAGCAGAGUUAAAGGCUCUGUGCAAGUUGGACGAGGAAGUAAAUGAUGUAGCUUCUUCCGAGGAUGCUGCUUCAUUUCUCUUGGAACUUAGUAGUUUUCUUAAAGAAAUUGGUUGUCAAUACAAAUUUCUUACUGAGGGGCAUAUUUCUGAAAGACUUCAAACAAAGAGAAAUGUCCUCCUCUUACUGCACUAUCUAGUGACUGAACUGCAAUCUGCACGUAUGGUUGCUUUCAAGCGCCCUGCAGUUGCACCUUUUAUGGAAAUUAAACUUCAAGAAACAACAACAGCCAGUGAAUUGAAAAGUAUGCUAAUAGCUCUCAAAUUCCCUAAGCCUCCAGACAACAUACAACCAGCGCAGCUGUUCGUGAAAGUUGAGCAAAGACUCAAAGAAGUUGCAUCCAGAGCUCCAGCAGAUCUUUUAAGUCAACCUUUGUUCAAAGGUGUUUUGACAGAUAAACAGUGGCAUAAUCUUGCCAAUGUACAGAAAGACCUGCAUGAGGAGUACAGGAUGCGUCGAGAAAUGUUAAUCAAACGACUAGAUGUAACCAUACAAUCGUUCCAGUGGUCAGAUCGUGUAAAGCAUAAAGGAGAACAAAUUGCUCAGGCAAUGGUUGCAAAACGGAAAACCAUGUCAGCUGAACCAAAUGUUGAACUAUCUGAUUUACUAGCAGCCCGUGUUGAUCUUGCUAUCAUUGAGAAAACUAGCAGUGCCUCGGUGCGCAAGAACACUCAAACACAACUGAACAAAGUUAUCAUCGGCCAGGUUCCUGAUAGAGGAGGUCGCACCACUGAUCAGGCUGCCCCUCCUCCUGAAAUGCCAAGCUGGCAAAAAGACCGCAAUCCAGGUGGAGGAGGAAGAGGUGGAGGUGGAGGCCGGGGCGGCGGCCGAGGUGGACGAGGCGGCCAUGGCGGAGGGGACAGAAAUCGGGUUCAAGGUGGAUGGAAUCAAGGAAGCAAUGACAGAGGGCAAGGUGGAUGGAACCAAGGAGGUAACAAUAGAGGGGGUGGCCACAACCAUGGAGGCAACGACAGGGGCCAAGGAGGCUACCACCAUGGAGGCAACCACCAUGGAGGCAACGACAGAGCACAAGGUGGUGGCUGGAACAGGGGGAACCAGGGAAGUCAUGACAGAGACAGAGACAGAGGUCAUGGAGGGGGCUGGAACCAAGGAAAUAGAGGCGGCGGUGGAUACAGAGAUCAAGGUGGAAGAGGCGGUGGAAGAGGUGGUGGCAGAAGGGAUGAUAAUUACCGGUAAUUGUUGUGAUAUAAAUUACACUUUUUGUUACCAAAUUGCUUCUUUGUUGGAAGACUGUUGCUCACUUAUGGCAUGUUUUUGUGUGUAUGUGUGUUAUAACUCAUCCUGUAAAAAGUAUACUUUAUUACCUUUUCUUAAUAGUCAGAUGUUAAAAGUUGCACACUGUCUGUUGAUGUUAUUGAAAAUAAGCUGAUGAGCAAAACCUAACAUUAAAAUCAAAUGAUUAAAGCAA